AUCCGCCCCGGGGCGGGCCCCCAGGCGCUGAACACCAACGCGCUGGGGCUGGCCGAUGCCCUGCCCACCAACAAGGAGACGGUGGACUCCUUCCUGGACCUGGCCAGAAAUCUGUUUCCUUCCAAUCUGGUUGUUGCAGCUUUUCGAACGUAUGCUACAGAUUACAAGAUAAUAAUACGAAACAUCUCUAUUGGAAAUGUGACAUUUGAGAAGAUCCCUGUUGGCACCGAGAUCGAAGGGAUGAAUAUUCUGGGCCUGGUUUUGUUUGCUCUGGUUUUAGGAGUCGCUUUGAAAAAGCUUGGUCCAGAAGGAGAAGACCUGAUUCGUUUCUUUAACUCAUUCAAUGAGGCAACUAUGGUCUUGGUGUCUUGGAUUAUGUGGUACGUGCCUAUUGGCAUUACGUUCCUUGUUGGAAGCAAGAUUGUGGAAAUGGAAGAUAUUGUCCUUCUGGUAACCAGCCUGGGAAAAUACAUCUUUGCCUCAAUUCUGGGUCACGUCAUCCAUGGAGGAAUCAUUUUGCCACUUGUGUAUUUUGCAUUCACACGCAAAAAUCCUUUCAGCUUUCUCCUGGGUCUUAUAACACCGUUUGCAACGGCCUUUGCCACUUGUUCAAGCUCAGCUACUCUCCCAUCAAUGAUCAAGUGCAUUGAAGAAAACAAUGGCGUAGACAAAAGGAUCAGUAGAUUCAUCCUUCCUAUUGGGGCCACAGUGAACAUGGAUGGAGCCGCAAUAUUCCAGUGUGUGGCAGCUGUGUUUAUUGCUCAGCUGAACAAUGUUGACCUCAAUGCUGGACAAAUCUUUACUAUUCUUGUGACUGCCACUGCAGCCAGCGUCGGAGCAGCUGGAGUUCCAGCUGGAGGAGUUUUGACCAUUGCUAUUAUCUUAGAGGCCAUUGGACUUCCUACGCACGAUCUCUCCUUGAUAUUAGCAGUGGACUGGAUUGUGGACCGAACCACCACUGUGGUGAAUGUUGAAGGAGAUGCCCUGGGAGCAGGUAUCCUUCAUUAUCUGAAUCAAAAAGAAACGAAGGCGAAAGAACCGGAGCUAAACGAAGUCAGCGUAGAAGCGAUUCCCAACUGCAAAUCUGAAGAGGAAACGUCACCUCUGGUAACACACCGGAACCAAGCCCCCGCCCCAGCCAGCACUGUGGAACCAGAGUCAAAAGAAUCAGUCAUGUGAACUGGGGGAAAGCUUGCAAAUAGAUGGACCGCUGACUUAACACGCUAGACCACUGCACUGCUGUUAGGGACCGGCUCUGGGUCCUCCUCUUGAAUUUCAGUGGCCAUGAUUUGAAGCUACAGACUUGUUAGGCUUGUGUGUCUAUCUCCCUGAUGAGAGCUAUCACUUUAUCACAAUGAUGUUAUGUUUCCUGCUUAAACAUGUUUGUGUGUGAUGUGUGUACAUGUAUAUGACCACAGUACCAAUAAGGCUUCUUGUUUUGGGUUAAAAAGUCAUUUAUUAGUACAAAUCCACGUGGAGGGGGAAAGUAGCUAAACAGAGUGGACGUACUGGUUGUGGCUGGAAUCUGCACCACAAACAGCUUUGAGAGCAAGGCAGUGCCAGUAUUUUCUCAGAAACACCUCUUU